AUGAAAACCCGCCACACCUCCCCGGCCGCCCAAGCCCUCUACCACGUCUUCAUCGCCCCAGCGCUCUCCAAACCCCGCACAACCCAGCACCUCCUCCCACCCCACAACCACAUCCGCCGCUUCACCACCACCCCCCUCCUCCGUGCCAAAACCCGCGCCCCCGAACUCCGCACCCAAAAAUGGGACGCCGAAAUCACCGCCCGCCAAAUCUACCUCGUCGACCCAGUGACCAACAUCCUACGGGACCCCGAAACCGGCGCCCUGCCCCCACCGCGGACGCGCUACGACGUGCUGAACAGCAUCGACACGAAAACCCACCGUCUGGUCCAACUCGAGCCGGACGAACCGGGGAAUAGGAAUUUCAUGCCGGUGUGUAAGAUUGUGGAUAAGAAGGAGUCAUACGACGCCGAGAAGCGGAAAGCCAAAGCCGCGAAGACAGCGAAGAAAUUGAGUGCGCGGAGCAGUGAGAUGGGGAUGAAGACCGUGGAGCUGAACUGGGCGAUUGACGCGAAUGAUCUGGGGCAUCGGGUGGAGAAGAUGAAGGGGUUCCUGACGGAGGGGCGGAGGGUGGAGGUUGUGUUGGCGAGUAAGAAGAGGGGGAGGAAGGCGAGUUUGGAGGAGUGUGAGGGGGUGCUGGGGAGGUUGAGGGCGGCGGUGGAGAGUGUGGAGGGGGCGAGGGAGGUGGAGGGGUUGAAGGGGAAGGUUGGGGGGUUUGCUACUAUGGUUGUGUUGGGACGGCCGGUGAGGGAUAUUAUUAGUGAGGCGAAGGAGAGGGGUGGGGAGGAGAAGGAGAAGGAGCAGGGGAGGGAGAAGGAGAAAGUGGAGGAGCAAGGUUGA